UUUUUUAACGGUUUCGCCGGCUUGCCCUGGUCAACCCUCUUCAUUCGCAUUUUAGUGCUCAACCACUCCACUUGUUAAGUUCGUGAUUUCGACAUGCCGAAGCGAAAGAACGAGGAAGAACUUGAGUUGCUAAGAAAACGCUUGAAGCAACUCAAAAAAGAUAUCAAACAUGUACGUCGUAAUAAACGAUCUUCCUCGUCCUCUUCGAGCUCCACGUGUUCACAGUGCUCCUCAUCGGAUUCAUCGUCGUCGGAGGCCGCGCCAUUGAAUCCGGAUUACCAAAAUGACCGACCUGAUCCGGCUUACGACGACCCGCCGCCGCCGCAACCACCGCAGCUUGAGGACCGCAGAGAAGUUGAGCCGAUUGCCGACGAGCACCCUCAAGCAAACGCUGGCCCAUCACACGCAAUCGCUGGUCCAUCACAUGCAAUUGCUGGUCCAUCACAUGCAAUGCCUGCGUGUACAAAUCUGCCACCUACCAAUAUUAAUGUGGAUCCCAUUGAAAUUGAGGAUGAUGAUAUCUGCCAGGCAGAGAUAUUAGAGAUAUUGGGAACCGAUCCAUCACUGAGUCAAGAAUAUGGUGACGAUAUUAAUAAAGAAGUGGCUCGCAGAUUUGAACACAUAGCCACGUCUGGUUUGGAGAAACAAGCAAGACAGGAGCUGUUAGAAAAAUAUUUAGUACCCGCAAACUGCGUUAAGAUCGCCGCCCCACAGCUGAACGCGGAGAUCAAAGCAGCGUCUACGGAAGCUGUCAUAAAAAGAGAUAAAGCUAUUGAGCUUAGACAAAAACAGAUCGCCGCAGCGAUUACAGGUGUAGGACGUAUACUAACAUCUCAACUAAAGUCUAAGGAUAAUAACGUUGCUAAAGACCUAAUGGACGUGGCACGCUUACUGUGUGAUAUACAAUUCUGCGAAUCAACAACACGCAGGAAUUUUACGUUAUAUCCGCUAAAAAAGGAUUUCAGAGAUCAAUUAGCAAACACAAAGAUAGACAAAUAUCUAUUUGGUGAAGAUUUGCCAGAAACAUUAAAAACAGCUAAAGCUGUAUCAAAAUCUAGUACAGAUAUUAAGGUGGACCAACAAAAAUCAAAGCAGCAAACAACGCCUAAGUUUCCGAAGAAUUUAAACUGGAAGACGGGACCCUCAGCUCGCAAUCAGCCGAAGGGUCCGACACAGAAACAAUAUCAGUCUGCAGCAUCGAGCAGCCGGCGCUACGGCCACGGGAACUCAUCGCACAGGUCGUCGCAUCGGGCCAAGCACAGUCGCCGGCGCUAGAUCCGCAACCGGAACAUCCAGUCGAGCGUUACCCUGGUUGCCGGAGUUUUGUCAGCACGUCGCUCCUGCGGCGGUGCGUCCCGCAGUCUGCGGUGAAUAUACUGCUAGCAUCAUUAUCGGACAACUCGAUUAAGCAAUA